UAAACAAUUAUUAUUCUCAUUUUUCACUAUAAAUAAUCUCUAACAUCUCAUAAUAACUCUUAUCAACUUCUCAAACAAAUAAAACCAUAUUUCUAGUGACACUAUCAUAGUGUCUGUUAUUCGAAGUUCUAAAAUGGCUCUCUGUUUCAAAAAACAACCAUUCACAAUAGCCGCAUUCAUCAUCUUCUUCCUCCUACUCUCUCUUCCACACUUUUCUGCUUCUGCUUCUUCCAAUGAUUUAUCCUGUCUCAAAGUUUCUCCCAUCAAUUUCACCAACUCUGCCAAAGAAAUUAUCACCAAUCUUCAGCAAGUCACCUCCAAUUUAUCACGUUUCACCGGUGACAUUAGUCAUCCUCUUCUCUUAAACACUAUUUCCGAUUGCCUGGAUUUACUUGACGUGUCUGUAGACCAACUUUACUGGAUUAUUUCCACCACUCAGAAUCCCAAAGGGAAGGAUAACAGUACUGGAAAUCUAAGCUCCGAUCUAAGGACAUGGCUGAGCGCUGUUCUUGUGAAUACAGACACAUGUAUAGAAGGAUUACAAGGUACAAAUGUGAUGGGUCUUGUAUACGCUGAUCUUGAUCGUGUAAUGUCCUCGGUGAAGAAUCUUCUUGAUGAAGUAAUUCUCAUCAACGAUCAACUCCCAACUGCUACCAGUUCGGAUCAAUUUCCGUCAUGGAUGAAAGACAGCGACAUGAAGCUGUUGCAGGCAAACGAAACUACUGCAGAUGCUGUUGUGGCUGCGGAUGGAAGUGGGAAUUACAGUAACGUGACAGAUGCGGUAUUCGCAGCACCUGACUUCAACAUGAAAAGACAUGUUAUAUUUGUGAAAAAAGGUGUCUAUGUUGAGAAUGUUGAUAUUAAGAAGAAGAAAUGGAAUAUUAUGAUUAUAGGUGAAGGUAUGGAUGCGACUGUUAUCUCUGGUAAUCGGAGUUGUGUCGGCGGUUCGACUCCUUUCCAUUCGGCUACCUUUGCUGUAAAUGGUAGAGGGUUCAUUGCUCAGGACAUUUCAUUUCGAAACACGGCAGGUCCAGAGAUGCACCAAGCAGUGGCAUUAAGAUCAGACUCUGACCUCUCUGUGUUUCAUCGGUGUGGGAUAUUCGGUUAUCAAGAUAGCCUAUAUCCCCACAGCAUGCGUCAAUUCUACAGAGAAUGCACAAUCGCUGGAACUGUGGAUUUCAUCUUUGGAUAUGCCACUGCCGUGUUCCAGAAUUGUCAAAUAAUAGCCAAGCAAGGGAGGCCUAACCAAAAGAACACUGUUACCGCUCAAGGACGAAUAGACCCAAACGAACCAACAGGUUUCUCAUUCCAAUUUUGCAACAUUUCAGCUGAGAAUGAAACCAUCCCAACAUACCUUGGUAGGCCCUGGAAGAACUAUUCACGAACAAUUUUAAUGCAAUCCCACAUGAGUAACGCGAUAAGACCAGAAGGGUGGUUAGAGUGGGACGGAAGUUUUGCUUUGGACACAUUGUACUACGGUGAAUACAAUAACUCUGGACCAGGUGCUGAGAUAGCUAACAGAGUGAAAUGGCCGGGUUACCAUGUGUUCAAUGACUCGAGCGAUGCUAGUAAGUACACCGUGGCUCAAUUUAUUGAAGGGGAUCUUUGGUUACCCGCCACUGGUGUUAAUUACACUGCUGGUUUGUAAUUCACAAUGGUUCUUGGUUUUGGUUCAAACAAAAUCUAUGUAAAAGUAAGAGUAAAUGGGUUAGUAGGGUUGCUCAUGCGUUGGAUCAAUUGUUGAACAUCAUAGGAGAUGUAUGGUUGAAUGUUGAGUAAAUAUAUGAGUUGGCCAACUAUUCUUCUAUAGGAUGUUGGAUCUUGUUAAGUUGGUAUCUCGAGACAUGGGUGUUGUGACAGGCUUACAUCCAAGGAGACACAUGUUGGAUAGGAUGUCUAAGACAUAUUUCCUUUGCCAUAUGUUGAUCCCUUUGCUAUACCGAGUUACUUUGAGUCCCAAAAAAUUGAGAGUCCUUAGGUCUUUGAUCUUGAAGUGGUUAUGCAGUGUUGUCUUGAUGGAAUGAAUGAUGUAUAAGUUGUUUCCUAUAAUUAUUAGAUCAUUAGUGUGAAUUAGUAAAAUAGUAAAAGAAGUAGAUGAUUGAUGUAUAAAAAUAGAAUGGUUUGCAA